UCGAUAUCGAGCUGAGCAGUCGCAUCAGUUGAACCGCUGAAAAUGAUUGAAUGGGUACGUUCGUCUGUUAACUCUCCUUUACCGCCCAACGCCUUUCAUGUUGGUCAAGAUGGUGAUGGAGCUGAAAUGUAUGUGGGUCGUGCUAUUUUUAGAGGUGAUAUACUGCCAGCCAAGGUGAUUCCCAGAAGGAGGGAGGCCUAUGUAUCCCAUUCCGGACGGGAACACGAAAUUACCCACUAUGAGGUGUUGGUGGGUCAGAGAUUCGAUUGGAUUGGAUGCGGCGAUGGGCUUGUUCCAAAUAAUGCAAUUUCCACGGGUAAAGCUAGUACUGGUGAAAACAUAUAUAUAGGUCGUGCUGUCUAUGAAAAUACGGUGACUGUCGGAAAAAUACAACAAUCUUGUGGCUGCCUCUAUUUGUCAUAUCAGGGCAAAGAGAUUUCGAUUAGGACAUAUGAGGUGCUAGUGAGCUCUUAAAAUAAGACAAUUUUAAUGUAAAACACUUAAUUCAUUCAUUUGAGUUGCGUGUAACAACUUACCUACUUUACCAAUUAAUAAAUACAUAAAUAAUAAGAA